AUGACUGGGUUCAGGAUGAGCAGCAAGGGCCGCUCGUAUGAGUGCGAGGCGGACUGCCCGGACGUGCACCCCCACUUCAGCCGCUGCAACUCUGCGCGGGUGGAGGGCGGCUGCUGGGUGCUCUACGAGAAGCCCAACUACGGGGGGUACCAGUACGGCGCGGCCACGGAGCUGAGCGAGGACUGCGCGGCGCUGCAGGAUCGCCGCGGCGGCGGCGAGCUUCAGUCCUGCAGCGUUCUGGACGGCUACUGGACGCUCUACGAGCUGCCCGCCUACCGCGGGCGCCAGUACUUCCUGCGGCCCGGAGAGUACCGAAGGUUCAGCGACUGGGGCGCCGCCUGCGCCACCGCCGGCUCCGUCCGCAGGAUCGUGUUCUUCCAGGAGCGGGGCUUCGGCGGGCGCCGUUUGGAGUGCGGCGGCGACUGCGAGGACGUGGCGGGCCGUUUGGCGGCGUGCGGCUCGGUGCGGGUGGAGAGCGGCUGCUUCAUGCUCUACGAGGAGCCGCACUACGCCGGGAACCAGCUCUACCUCAGCCGGGGGGAGUACCCCGACCUCCCGGGGUGGGCCGGGGCCGAGGGAGCCGUGGGCUCCUGCCGCCACAUCGCCACGGUGACGGUGAGCCCGCCGCCAUCAGCCCGGUUUUCCCCACAAAAACAGCCGUUCGGGGGCCGGCCGGUGGACCUGGUGGACGACUGCCCCUGCCUGCUGGACCGCUUCCAGCUGAGGGACGUCUUCUCCUGCAGCGUCGCCCACGGCAACUGGCUCUUCUAUGAGCACCCGGGCUACCGGGGCCGGGUCUACCUGGUCCGGCCGGGGGGGUACACCCGCUUCAGCGAGUGGGGGGGGCGGAGCGCCCGGCCCCUGACCACCGGUUCUUUCUCCUUCCAGAUCAUCUUUUACGAGGAUAAGAACUUCCAGGGCCGGAGCUAUGAGUGCAGCAACGACUGCUCCGACCUCCACUCGUACUUCAGCCGCUGCAACUCCAUCCGGGUGGAGAGCGGCUGCUUCAUGAUCUACGAACGGCCGAACUUCAUGGGCCACCAGUACUUCAUGAGGAGGGGCGAGUACGCCGACUACCAGCGCUGGAUGGGCUUCAGCAGCUGCAUCCGCUCCUGCAGGAUGAUCCCAGCGUACCGGGGCUCCUACCGGCUGCGUAUCUACGAGAAGCCGGACUUCAGCGGCCACAUGAUGGAGUUCCUGGACGACUGCCCGUGCGUGUCGGACCGGUUCCACCACCGCCACGUGUACUCCUGCAACGUGAUGAGCGGCUACUGGGUCUUCUACGAGUACCCCAACUUCAGAGGGAGGCAGUACUUCCUGCGGGCGGGCGAGUACCGGCGCUACCGGGACUGGUGCGCCACCUGCGCCAUCAUCGGCUCCUUCAGGAGGGGGGAGGCAGUACUUCCUGCGGGCGGGCGAGUACCGGCGCUACGGGGACUGGUGCGCCACCUGCGCCACCAUCGGCUCCUUCAGGAGGUUGGCACAGAGAGAGAGCUAAACCAGCCCGAGGACCAUAUCCCCGACCACCACCAUGGGAAAGGUAUCCGACGGACCCCAGCUCUACCCCCCCGGGAUCCAGUUUCAGCUCUCAGACCCCGCUCUGCUCUGUUUCAGAUCAUCUUCUACGAGGACAGGAACUUCCAGGGCCGCUCCUAUGACUGCAUGAGCGACUGCUCCGACCUGACCUCCUACCUGAGCCGGUGCAGCUCCUGCCGGGUGGAGAGCGGCUGCUUCAUGGUCUACGAGCGCCAGAACUACUCGGGGAACCAGUUCUUCCUGCGCAGGGGCGAGUACAACGACAUGCAGCGCAUGAUGAGCUCCGGGAUGACCUUCGACUCCAUCAGAUCCUGCAGGAUGAUCCCCCACUUCAGGAUGAGGAUCUACGAGAGGGAGAACUUCGGUGGUCAGAUGCACGAGAUGAUGGAGGACUGUGACAACAUCAUGGACCGCUACCGCAUGAACGACUGCAUGUCCUGCCAUGUGAUGGACGGCCACUGGCUGAUGUACGAGCAGCCCCACUACAGAGGCAGGAUGAUGUACAUGAGGCCCGGCGAGUACCGCAGCUUCAGGGAGAUGGGAUACAGCGGAUCCAAGUUCAUGAGCAUGAGGCGCAUCAUGGACAUGUGCUAA